AUGGCAUCAAGAGGACAAUCAGAAACAUCAAGAUUAAAGGCAAACAUUGAAGAACAACUAAAUAGAUUGCUCUCACAAUUGCAAGACUUGGAGGAGUUGCGUGCUGACAUCUCCGACGAAGAAUAUGUCACCAUGAAGAAAGAUACUUUGGAUCAAAUGAAGGAGUUUGAACAAUCGUUGCAAAAGAUGCUUAAGGGUGAUAUGACUUUGGUAUCAGAGUUUGGUUCGGUUCAACUUGCUAUUCAAGCGGCCGUAUCAGAGGCAUUCCACACUCCAGAGGUCAUCAAAUUGUUUGCCAAGAAGGAUCAAGGUCAAUUAAGAAACAAAUUAGCAAACAUUCAAAGAGAUGUCAAGUUGGGUAAAUUAUCAAAGGAUUCAUACAUUGAUCAAAGUCUUGAGAUUCUUGUUGCUUUGAAAAAGUUGGGAUUCACUUUAUCACCAGAGGAAGAGAACUUCUUAGAACAACAUAAAUCACGUUCAAUGAGUGAUUUUGAGAAAGCAUCUUCAAAUAUCGCUCAAGGUACACAAGCCAAUAUUUUGUCAUCAGCAGCAACACAAAUUCAAAAGGCAUCGAAUACCAAGUAG